AUGUCUACAGCCGGCCUCAAGUCGGCCGGUCUACCACCUUUGUACCAGCGAAUAGGGUUCCCGUUCAUUUUCUUGGGCGCCGGAUACGUCUUGAGCACAGGAGAUAAGCGCAACGGCAGUGGUAUUUCGACAGCAUGGUCGGCAACUUACUUGUUUUUAAAUGGUCGGAAUGCGUUGCGGGCUAGGACGCCGUCUGCAUUAGCGUUGACCGCAGCAGCAACAGCCACGCUGGGACUCUAUGGAACCGAAUAUUUUUAUCUCAAUAGGAACGAUCCUGUCGAAGCUGUGACAUACAAGCCGUCGCCUUAUUCUCAACGGGGAUUGUAG